UUUCAUCACUGCGAAGUGCAUUCUGGGAUGCGUACUUCCACUGACAAGUCUGCGUUGAGCAACAAGCGCACGAGAACAUCAGCACGGACAAGAACACAUCGGACUAGAUCUUGAAAUCGCUACACUUCCGAAUCAUGAACGUCCUUUUCACGAGGGUGUUUAAAACUCUGGGUCAGGGACUGAAAUCCAGAUCUAUCCACCAGAGUCCUGUAUGGAGAAGUCCUCUAAUACCCAUAGUCAUCGAACAAACGGGGCGAGGAGAACGAGCUUACGACAUAUAUUCUCGCCUACUUAGAGAAAGAAUAAUUUGUGUCAUGGGUCCAAUUGACGACUCCGUAGCCAGCCUGGUGAUUGCCCAGCUGCUUUUUCUUCAGUCAGAAAGUAACAACAAACCGAUUCACAUGUACAUCAACAGCCCUGGUGGCGUCGUGACAGCAGGCCUGGCCAUAUACGACACCAUGCAAUAUAUCCUUAAUCCCAUCUCCACUUGGUGUGUUGGUCAAGCAGCUAGCAUGGGUAGUUUGCUGUUGGCAGCAGGGACAACAGGCAUGAGGCAUUCAUUACCCAAUGCUCGCAUCAUGGUCCAUCAGCCAUCUGGAGGUGCCAGGGGUCAGGCCACUGAUAUUGCCAUCCAGGCAGAAGAGAUCCUAAAAUUAAAGAAACAGAUAAACAAUCUCUAUGCCAAACACACUGGGCAACUCCUGGAAACAAUAGAAAAUGCAAUGGAGCGAGACCGUUAUAUGAGCCCCAUGGAGGCCCAGGACUUUGGGAUUAUCGACCUGGUCCUUGUCCACCCACCUCAAGCUGGUAAAGAUGAGCCUGAGUUGGUUCAGAAAGAGUCUGGCACAGUGACAAGUCCCUCUGCAAUCCUGGAGUCUCCAGCACCUGAAAAUGCCUCAGCUGGCUCACCCCAAACCAUGCAUCACACAAAAUUGAACUAUAAGUGACCUCAGCAGAAUGGUGCAAAUAUAAAACUGACUUCUCUUCUGUUUGUCUAUGUGUAAGACUUUGCUGGCGUAACAUCACCCAACUUGCCUUACUGGGCGUAGUAAAUCUUCUGGUAUUAUCACUCGCGUUUUUUUUCUGUCUAAUGAAAAUUAGAGUAAGAUAAAUGACCUAUAAAUAUUAAAUUUUAUGUUCAGUAUAUAAUAAGCCUGUUGCAAUAUGCAAUAAGACAAUUAAUCGCACAGUAAAUGAAAAUGAGGUCGGUAAUUUCCCCGGCUCCCAUUUAUCACCGAGUGCGUGUUAAAACUUCGCCCAUUGAUUGCAUAUGAGACUCCAGUUCCUUUCACAGAUACAGUAUUUAUUGGUUGUCAACACACCAUAGAUCUAAAUUUCAAACAUCCAAAAUAAGAGAAAACGUAUACAGUGCUACAUUGAUUGAUUGAUUGAUUGAAUUUAUUUCGAAAACAUGAAUACAAACAAAACAUAAAACUUGAAAAGGAGUAGGAAGAAGUAAAAAAAAAACUAUGACUCCUACCACUUUGUCCGCUACAUAAUCACCAGCAUGAAUCAAACUAAACAAAUACAAUUCACAAUAGUUCAAUAAUGUCUGGAGAACAAUGGUUGGCAUCACUCAACAUUUUCUCAACAUAAAUACUAUGAUUCAUUUCUAUAAUUACAGAAAACAAGAUAUUUGUAUUUUCUCUUAAACACGCUCAAAUUAGCGCUUUUCUUUAGGUCCUCAGUAAGUUUGUUCCACAAGUCCGCACCACAAAUUGAAGGACAAAAGCUCUUUUUUGUUGUACGGUGAUAAUGCUUUUUAACUUCCUAAUGUUUAACUGCCCUCUCAGAUUGUACCAUCCUUGUCUAUUUGAAAACAAAACUUGUAUAUUUCCAGGUAAUGUAUUUUUCCGUGCUUAAACAUGAUGAACGUCUCUACAAAUAGACUUUUUAGGUUAAUACACGAUCAACGGGAAAAUAUUGCCUCUUGUUGCGAAAAAAAUUUCAUGAUACGAAAGGCAAAUCAGUAUGGCUGGUACUCACAGCUCCAGUUCACUGAAUUUAAGUCGCCACCCACCAAAUUUGACACGAUAACAGCAUUUGUUAAUGGAUAAGACGCACUGGACUAUAAGCUGCAGCUGUCCUCAUUGUAUUAUGGGUAGUGUUGUUAGUAACGCGUUACGCGUUACUGUAAUCUGAUUACUUUCUUUAAGUAACGAGCAAUCUAACGCAUUCAUUUUUCCAAGCCAGUAAUAUGAUUAAAGUUAGUUUCCUCGGUGCCUGUGCGUUACUAUUUUGUUGUUGCCUCAUACUGUUGUAGAAUGAAGACUACUGUAGUCAUGUACAAAGAGCAUUUGAAUAGAAAAUACUGCUCUUGAGUUUGGGAGUGACAUCACAUCUCACGUUUUCUCAUCGGGAAAAAAACGGGUCACGUGUAUUACCAUGCUGUGUUCGUGCGCGCCGUCUGCCACGGCGGUCAACAACAUAGCAUGGCUAGUUGGCUACCUAUCCAGAUGCUAACAGUAAAGGAGCCGGAGAGAUAAAACUAACGGCUGCAUUUGCUCACUGGAGAUACAGCAAUUACUUCACAUAUCCGACCAGUAAAGAUGACAAAAAUAUUUCCGUGUGUUGCAAACUCUGCGCUGGCUCAGAAAGACUGUCGACUGCUAAAAACUCGACAUCCAAUUCAAUUUGGAAUUACAGCACAACGCGAAAAAACUUGAAACAAAGCCGGCAGGUAACGAGACAGCCAGCACUUCUACAAUUUGUAACCAGCCUUCAUAAUAUGUGUAAUUAUGUACAUUUUAUAGUUAAGAGUUUGUAAUCAUAGGCGGUGUUUUACAUUUGUGGGACUGGAGGAAAAGCAUGUUGAAGACUGAAACAAAAGUCAGAAGUUUGGACACCAUCAUUUUUGCAUUUUAUAUAUUUUCACUACUAUUGUAAAUUCUCACUGUAGACAUCAAAACUAUGAACGAACAUGUUGAAUGGCAAAAAGUGAAAUAACUGAAAACAGGUUUUGUAUUCUAUAUUCUUCAAAGUAUCCACCUUUGAGGUGUCUCCAAACUUUUGGCCAAUACUGUAUAUAUAUAUGUACACAUAUUGACACUGUUCGAGUUCAAUCAACUGUUCAAGUUGUUGUUAGUAGCGUUUGAAAGUUUAGGUUUAAAGAAAUUCUAACUAUCCAUCUUGCCUCCUCUGGUGUAGUUUUGGCUAAGCAAAGGAUAGUCUCCAAGGUGCUAGUCACAUGAUCUGUUCGAAAAAUGAUUUUGACCCAUUAUGAAAACUAUACGUUGUAGGAUUUUUGUUCAUUUUAUUAAUUUGUUGUUUGUUUUAUUGCUUUACAACUUUUAUAGACAACAUUUUAAUGGCUAGGUCUUUAUUUCAAAGGGGAAGUUCAGAAUUUUUUACUUUAGGCUUAAUGUUGGAGUUAGUGGGGGUUUAAUUAGUCGUUGGAGUUGAUUUAAACAAAUUUCGUGCAGUUAGUUUUAGGGCUCCGGAAUGGCUAAGCUAGGGCGAGUCAACGGUGGUCGACUUAUUAAACCCCCGCUAACUCAAAGAUUAAGCCUUAUGUGAAAAACUAAAUUACACGCGAGGACAUUUUUCUGUUAUUUUUAUGUUGAGGCAGCAAAAGGAGAAAAAUAGGUAAAAAGUAACUAAUAAGUUACUUUUAAAGUAACUUAGUAACUUUGAUAUUAAAGUAAUCAGUAAAGUAACUAGAUUACUUUUAUGAGGUGUAAUCAGUAAUUAAUUUACUUUUUUAAGUGAUCCGUGACAACACUGAUUAUGGGAUAUUUACACCAAAAGAUAUUAACUGGUAACACUUUAUCUGCCAAAUCAUCUCACUUUUGAAUGGAUGUAAAAAAAUCUGAGCUGAACAUAAAUAAAGAUAGUGACAGUUUACCUGAUGACUCUGUCAUAAGCAUUCAUUAAUGCCCAUGGCAGUGGCAUGUCAUAGUUAUGACAGUCUUAUGACGCCGCUAUCAAAUAAAUCAACAAAUAAGCCGCACUGGACUGUAAACCACAGGGUUAGAAAAUCAGAGGAAAAAAGUAGCGGGUUAUAGUCUUACACUGGUGGCCAAAAGUAUUGGCACCCCUGCAAUUCUGUCAGAUAAUGCUCAGCUUCUUCCAGCAAAUGAUUGCAAUUACAAAUGUUUUGGUAGUAAUAGCUUCAUUUAGUUUGCCUACUAUGAAAAAACACAAAUGAGAAUAGAAAAAAAUAAAUCAUCAUCAUUUUACACAAAACAAAACAAGCGGGAGAAAAUGGAUUGAUGGAUUUUACACAAUUCCAAAAAUAGGCCAGACAAAAGUAUUGGCACCCUUUGAAAAAUAAUGUGAUGUUUCUCUAAUUUUUGCAAUUAACAGCACCUGUUACUUACCUGUGACACAUAACAGGUGGUGGCAAUAUCUAAACCACACUUGCAGACAGUUAAAAUGAAUUUAAAGUAGACUCAACCUCUGUUCUUGUGUGUACCACAUUGAACAUGGAGAAACGAAAAAAGACCAAAGAACUGUCCGAGGACUUGAGAAGCAAAAUUGUGAGGAAGCAUGGGCAAUCUCAAGGCUACAAGUCCUUGGCCUAAAGACCUGAAUGUUACUGUGUCUACCUUGCACAGUGUCAGCAAUAAGUGUAAAGCCCGUGGCACUGUGGCUAACCUCCCUAGAUGUGGAUGGAAAAGAAAAAAUGACGAGAUUUCAACGAAAGAUUGUGCGGAUGGUGGAUAAAGAACCUUGAAUGAAUGAAAAGGGACUCAUGGUAGGAGACCCAGGAAGACCCCACUUCUCACCCAGAGAGAAAAAGCCAGGCUGGACUUAGCCAAAACGUUUCGGAAGAAUGUUCUCUGCUCAGAUGAGACAAAAGUGGAGCUUUUUGGGAAAAGGCAUCAACAGAGUUUACAGGAAAAAAAACUAGGCCUUCAAGGAAAAGAUCACGGUCAAACAUGGUAGAGGUUCCCUGCUGUUUUGGGGUUGCUUUGCUGCCUCUGGCAAUGGACUGCUUGACCGUGUGCAUGGCAUUAUGAAGUCUGAAGACUACCAACAAAUUUUGCAGCAUAAUGUAGGGCCCAGUGUGAGAAAGCUGGGUCUCCCUCAGAGGUCAUGGGUCUUCCAGCAGGA